AAUGAACUCACUGAAUCUGGAAAAUGAGAGUUGUUUUCCUUCGUGUAGAAAGUCUAAUAAUGAUGACUUGUUGAUAUUUCAGAGCCAGAAUAGUUUUGAUAGUGCCAAAGAUAAAAGACUAGAGUUUCAAAAUGAAUAUGAAUUUAAUUCAGAGUACUUAAAGAAUACACCAUAUGAACACAGUCGGAACAAAUAAUCCCAAAAGUUUCAUUUCAAACCCAAAAAUUUACAAAACAAGGCAGGACCAUAAUUCCUAUACUUACCAAAUUUCGAAAUCCUACUCUAAAAAAUCAGCUAAUAAGGAUCCUUCUACCACUUCAAGCUUGAUCAAUGUGCUUACUGAGUUCAAGAGACUCUAAAGUAAUGAGAAGAACACUCAGAAGAAACAGCCAAGGAUAAGACUAUAUCAGCCCUUGAGAAGGGUCGAUAUAGGAGAUUCUCUAUUCAGGCUCCAAAGGGUUUCUAUAAAGCCUUUGGGGGAGAAGAAAUUAAGGUUUAUUAGGAACUCAAGGCACUGAUCUUUGAGCUCAGCCGUUGUGGGGAGUGAGGUUGACCAGAAUAAGGGCAGGAUAGGCCUGCAGGGGUAUAGUUUGCCGAGUUCAGGCAAGGUAAAGGCCUGUGGGAGAAAUGAGUAUUCUGUCAACCUUGAAAAUUACGGCCAACCUCUUGAUCGGUCCAAAAGAGGAGAUCUGUGAAGAACCAUGGAAGAUAACAAUGAAUAUAACCUGAGCAAGAUAGGAAUGACAGAGACCAAAGCUAUAGAAAGAGAUGUAAUGGACGAGCUAGAACUCUUCCCAUCCCUCAAGAGAUCUCUCGAUGCUAUGUCACAGAGAAAGUCCAUUUCAAAGGACUCCUUGUCUCCUAGUGCUAAAUAAAUCAUCUGUGUGAUAUCCAAGUGCUCAUAAUAAAGUUAAAAUUCAGAAAUUAUAAGUAAAAGACAGAAAGAAGAGAAAGAAAGGCUACGAUUGGCAAAUAAGAGUGCAGUUGUCCAACUAAAUUACAGUAAAAAGAUAUUCAGGAAAGAUAGUAUGCCUCAAAUACCUAAGUUCAGUAAGGAUAGUAAUAAUGCUGGCAUAACAAAUGGAAGAUACCAAGAUCAAGAUUCUGCCUCUCCAGCUCUACGUAGCUCACAAAUCAACAACAAAUUGCCAAAAAUUGAGUUUGAAUUCAUAGAUGAGUCUUUUGACUUAGUCAAAAAGUCUUCACAGGAAAUCCUUAAACUGAGAAAACAAUUGAUGAUAACAGCUCAGUUUGAGAAGAUAAAGGCCAGAAAUAAACAAAAUGCGUACAUUGAGUUAUUUAAGGAAUACAAUGAGCUUGCUAAAACACAUCAGGGCCGGAAUAACCCCUAUGAUGACGCUGUUGACUUUUUAAUCACAAAUAGACACACACUAGUCGGGAUGAAGCAAGACUCUGCUAAAAUCAAGAAGAACCCGUAUCUGAAGCAGAAGGAAUCUCAGAAGAAACCUAAAGAUAUUGAGCCUGAAAUAAAGCCUCCAGUACUCUCUCCAGAACAGAUACAGGAAGCCAGGCUUCUUAGGUAUGGUAGAAAUUUAGCGAAGCAGUUGAGGCUUGACAAGCAUAAGGUUCGGCAUGAACCUCGCCAGAGUAUUAUGUUUGAUUAGAACAAUUUCUAAAAUACUU